AUGAAAUCAGACGACGAAAGUACUUUACACAGCGAGCGCCACAGCCAUAAUAAUUCACUCAGUAAUCUCAACAUACGCUGUGGUGGCGAUCACACUGGCGAUUACGAUAAGGCGACGAAUUUGGAAAUAAAAGGUCAGGAAUUACAGCGGGAGCAACGUACUGAUGAUCGCGUCUCUGAUAAAGGAUCAGAAAUUAAUACCGAUAAGCAGCAACAGCAGCGGCAGCACGAUGCUUCUACAUCUAAUAGCACUCCUGAGCAUACCAACAAUGGAGAGAAUGCAGUCGUUGAGAAGGAACAGCGCACUGAUGGUCUCGAUGAUCAGACAAACUUAAUGCCCCGGAAACAGAUCAUCGUCGUGUUCAUGGGAGUCUCGAGCGCACUAUUUAUAAGUCUACUCGAUCAGACGGUGAUAAGCACAGCUUUACCUGAUAUUUCCAGCGAAUUCCACGCUGCAGGGAAGGGUAAUUGGGUUGCUACAUCUUACCUGCUCACAAGCACAGCGGUAAUAACCUUCUGGUCACGUCUGAGUGAUCUAAUCGGCAGGAAGUUAGUACUACAAAUCAACUUGAUCAUCUUUUUCAUAGGAAGUCUAGCAUGUGCACUGUCCACUACAAUUACAAUGCUUAUCGGCUUUCGCGCUUUGGCUGGACUAGGCGGCGGAGGAAUACUGAACAACGUCAUGGUCAUUAUCAGCGACAUUGUAUCAUUGCGCGAAAGAGGAAAGUGGCAAGGACUUAUUGGUGUGAUUGUCGCGAUAAGUAACAGUCUAGGUCCAAUAUUAGGAGGUGUAUUCACUGAAACUAUUGGAUGGCGCUGGAUAUUCUGGAUCAACCUACCGCUCACAGGUGCUGCUAUUUUGAUCGUCCAGAUAUUCCUGCCUCAGAAACGUAUCACAUCCAACCCCCGCGAACAGAUUAAACGGAUAGACUAUAUUGGCACGAUACUGGUACUUGCAUCGACUACUCUGACGUUGCUGAGCUUGAAUUGGGGCGGAAAUGAGUAUGCAUGGGACUCAGCUGUCGUCAUUGCACUGCUUGUUGUUGGCGUAGUGCUCAUGGUAGUCUUUGUGCUGGUAGAGGCUAGCAGCUUUAUUAAUCUACCCAUUCUCCCAAUGUAUCUCUUCAACGAUAGGUCCGUCUCAGCUAGCUUCUUCUGCACUUUCUUUAGCGGUACCAUCUUCUACGGGGCUCUUUACUUCCUACCGCAUUAUUUACAAGUUGUUAAGGAAUACAGUCCUUUGCGAUCAGGAGUGGUGCUGCUGGGACUGAUCCUUACCCAAACAUUGUUUUCAUUCACAUCGGGAGUGAUUGUGUCUAAAACUGGAGGUUAUAGGGUGAACAUAUGGACUGGAUUUCUAAUGUGGACUAUUGGACUCGGGUUAUUCACAAUGCUCAGCCCGUCAACAAGUAUUGCAGAAUUCGUUGGAUUCUCAGUGAUUUCAGGUUUUGGUGCGGGGAAUACAUUCCAGACGACGUUACUGAGCGUACAGGCUGCUGUUAAAAGGCAAGAGAUUGCAGUUGCGACGGGAGGUCGUAACUUUAUACGGCUCCUUGGGGGUACGAUUGGACUUGCACUGUGCGAUGUUAUAUUGAGGAACACGUUGAUUACGGGAUUACACAGUUUAGGGUCAAGUGUAAGUGAAAUCAACGAAAUCACGCAGGAUCCUACGGCUAUUCGGACCGUUGAAGGGAUAGAUACCGGGAAGCUGCAUCGGGUGAGUUAUAAGAUUAAGCGGUUUGCGUCGGGUAAUCAGACCAAUAAUUACGAAUUUGCAGGCGCGUCAUUUGCAUGCAGCCUUCUGAUUCGUCAAUAUGCGUUGGACAAGCCAGAUGACCAGAUAUUGAAGGAGGAGGGUAAGGAAUGGAAUGAGGAGCGUAAGAGGAAGAAGAGAAUGAGGAAGGGAGGUGGUGUGGAUAAGGUGGAGAAUGAGGACAAAGUCUAA